AUGGGCGACAAGACCAAGGUGCUCGAGGAGCAAGUACCUCGAGGGACGCCGCAGACGGGGACCCGGCCCUCGCAGUCCGCGGUCGACGAUCCGGCAGCUCGGUUAUCGGACGAUGCUUCGAGCAAGCAAGCCAAACGUGGCGAUAGCUCCAACGAGCCCGGCAAUGCCGUGCGCCUCACAGGCUAUAACACUUUUCAGCGGGACCCAUUCACCUGCCUUCUUGUACAUAAAACCUUAACUGCACAAGAAGUCGACCUCAACCUCUCAAUACCCUACUCGUACACCAUGGUCACAAUCCUUCCCCUGCGCAGAGCCGACCCCCCGGUACACAUCCUUAACAUUUACUGCCGACCUAAACUCAAAAAGAUCACUUUCGCUGACACCUUCACCAGGGCGCUGAAGAUCGCAGGGCGCGAUCCCCUCCUAAUAGUGGGCGACUUUAACGCCCCUAGCAGGCUUUGGGGCUAUCGCAAGGAAGAGAUGCGUGGAAGGAAAUUCGCGGAGCUAACUUCCACGCUGGGCAUCACUCUUCACACCGACCCUGCGCAACCAACUCGUCUAGGUAACUCUGUGACCCGGGACACCUGCCCCGACCUUACCUUCACCAAAAACAUCAAACACGCAGACUGGGUCAAUACCGAGGAAACCCUCGGCAGCGACCACUGCAUUCUCAACACCACACUCUCAACACGACCCCUACAACGCCCCAUCACACAGGCUCACGUACCCAACUGGGACGCCUUCCGACAGUCCGUACCUGCCUCUCCCAUUCUUCACAAUGGUUAUUCCCAGUGGGCCAAAUCCAUACUCCAAACACUAAGACAACACGAGACCGCAAUACAACUCACGGACAGCCAUCCGGACGUGGAUAACCACCUCCUCCAUCUUUGGGAGGCCCGUCGCAGCCUCACAAAGAGAUGGCGCCGGCAAAAACACAACCGCAAACUCCGCAUGCGGAUACUGGAUCUCACCCAGAAGGCGGCCGAGUACGCUGCCCAGCUCGCCGAUUCGAAUUGGGCAUCUGAUCAGCAGGCCAAGAACGCCAGCCCUCGGUCGCGCAAACGCAAGCCGCGAGGAGGAUCCUGGUUAUCGCCCAGAAGAAGCCAGGAAGACACGACUCGGCGCUUGUCCGCCGUGGAACGGGCCCUUCGCUGGCGGACCGGCAUGUGCCUGUUCCUGGCGCUCGUGGUCGCAGCUUCGGCGCUGCUGUUCGUCUACCUGCUGUUCUUCAAGGAUCCUCGCCGACGCGUCGACUACUGCCUCACCGACGACUGCGUGGCGCACGCCACCGAGCUGCUCGGCACGAUGAACAAGACGGCCGCCCCGUGCCAAGACUUCUACGAGUUUGCGUGCGGCAGAGCGAAGAAGACUGAAAAGAGCGCGAGGGAUCUACUCGUCGACAGGAUGUAUCUCAAGACCCUCGAUGCCGGCGUCAAUGCGCUCGAGGGAAGCCAAGCAGUCGCCGCCGCCGCAGGGUCCAAGCUCACAGCCGAGCUGCUCUACCGGAGCUGCGUCGACCCGGACCGCAGCGACACCGAGCGCAGCCUCACCGAGUUCCGCGAAUUUCGCGCUGCGCGCGGAAUGCUGUGGCCCGAGAACCCGCAGCUGGCCGAGGGCGUGGACCCGCUGGACCUGAUGCUGGACUUGGCCAUCAACUGGAACCUCAACUUCCUCUUCGACGUGCGCGUCAUCGACCUGCCGAUGGCCGAGGCCGAGGAAGUCGCGCUGGUGCUCUCGCGUGGCAAGCUCGGUUACGUCUGGCAGGACAACGUCCGCAGGUCCGCGCGAGCCGGUGCGCAAGAAUACGAAGUCUACGUGCGCGAGUAUCACCAGGUCCUCUCGGUGCCGCCACAGUCGAACGUCACGGCGGCGACGUUGCGGGAACUGGAGGAGGCCAUCCUGGCGGCCAAGCUUGACGUGGCUGCUGACGAGUCUGAGCAGACCUGGGUUCAGUUUAGCUCCCUCGGCAACGAGACGCCCUCCGUUGAACCCGGCGCGUGGCUUACGCUGGUCAACAAGCAGUUCGCGGGGCAGUUCGUUUGGACCGACCAGCACUGGGUCGUCGUCGACGGGCCCGCGGUACUCAGCCGCGUCGGCAAACUGCUGCAGGCCUACGGCAACCAUCUGUUAGUCGUGGGGCUCGCCUGGGUCUUCGUCCAGUCGCACCUAUGGGCCGUCGCCAACAAGGCCGAGCUGGCCUUCCGCGAGAACAUCGUCGGACACCGCAAGCACGCCUGCUUCGAGUACGCCGAGUCCCGAUUCGGUUUGCUCAGCGUGGGAGAGCUCCUGGCUAUCAGGUUCGACCAGGAGGACGCCAGGCGCAACGUGGCUAAUUUCGGGAGAAUCCUGAACCUCGCCGCUGCCGCGAAGCUGCGCGAGUCCACCUGGAUCGAAGCUCCGGCUAAAGAGGUGGCGCUCCGCAAGGUUGACAGGCUCUCGCUCGUUCUGCUGCCGCGGGCCGAGUUCUUCAACAAGACUUGGCGUCAGGGACUCGGCGAUCGCUACGCCGCCGCUGGAACGGGUUUUCUGAGCAACCUGCUGAGCGCCUCGCUUUCCUACCGCGACCUGCGCUCAGAGAGAUUGUCCUUCGACGGCGUCUACAGCCGUCGCAUGUUUCCGAGCGACCGCCACGCCAGCUACGUCUACAUCGCCAACCGCGCCGACGUGUCGCUCGGUUCGGUCGCAGCGCCGCUGUACUACCUCGACGGGACGUUCGCCACGAACUACGCCGCUCUGGGCACGGUCUUGGCGGCGCAGUACGCCAGGAGCUUUGAUCUGCGCGGCAGUGGGCUCGACGAAUCCGGAAGGCGAACGCGCUGGUGGAAGCAGGCCGACUACGACCGCCGGGCAGAGUGCAAGCUCGCGGCAUACAAAGGCAACCACUCCGCCCCCCAUGCGAUGCGCGUGUUUCCGGCCUUGGUGGCGCUGGAGAUAGCCUUCGCGGCCUUCAGGCAGGCCAUCUAUGAAGAUUUACGGCGGUUGCAAGAUUUCAAGCUGCCCUACCUGGAGGCGUACACGGAUAACCAAAUCUUCUUCAUCACCUACUGCCACGCACUCUGCGGCGCCCCCUCCGCGAGGGAGCGCUGCAACGUUCCGCUGCGUCACUUCGUGCCUUUCUCAAUGGCCUUCAGCUGCCCGCUGGACUCUCCAAUGAGCGCCGCUAAGAAGUGCAGCUUCUUCGCCGCCUAGAGACAACGACUAACGGCUUACGCAAUAUUUUAUGUUUACGAUGCAAGUGCGUUGUUAUAGCUGUGUUUUACUUUUGCGUGUAUUAUACUAAUCUUGAGUGCUUAAUGGUAGUCUACAGACCCGCAUUUAUCUAUGAUGUACGUAAACCUGCGUCGUUUAGGUUGUGCGCAUUGUAUAUUUUUUUUUAUUGAUUUACGUAUACUGUCAGCCCUGUGCAGGGCUUUGACACGAGUGGAAAGGAAUUCGUGUAUACCACAAGGACAGCUAACGAUGCAUGUAUCAGAAAAAAGAGCAAGACAAACAAAGCAAGAAUACUUACCCUUAUACACA